CCACACGAGUCCAAACCAAAUGGUUAAAUCGAAUCCAAAACUGAUCAUUUAUAAUAUAUACCUAAACAAGUUUUAAUAAUUAAGUUUUCAAAUUUUUAAAUUGAUAAACCGAAACCAACAACAAUUUUAAAUUUGAUCAAAAUGCUCACACCCUAAGCAGGUAACAACGAUUACAAUUGCAAAACUAUGUCUGAAUCCAAUGGUGGUGGUGGAGCUCUGAGAGGAAUGGCCUUGAAGCUAAUCGGCGGCGUGGCCGCUCUCUCUCUUACUUCUUCCCUCGCCGUCGGGGCUUUCCAGGCAGUGGCCGAAUCCAAAAGGCAGAAGAAAUCUGCAAUGCCAUGCCACAAAUGUAAAGGAAUAGGGUUUUAUGUAUGCAAAUUGUGCAAAGGGAAUUCCACUAUCCAAUGGUCUCCCAUGUUUGAUCCACUCAUUAUAAAUCCAUGUCUUUGCCCCACCUGCGAAGGAAACAAGGUACAACGUUGUCUCAACUGCGUAGGGAAGGGUUGUUGAUUUGAGACUAUCAGCUUUUCAAGUGAGCACAGCACAUAGAUAGGGUGUUCGAUGAAAUGUCAGAUUAUGUACCUGCAUCUCCAGCAAAAUAUUUUUAUUUUUACCUUUUUUUUAACAGAAUUUAUUCUUAUAAUUAUUAACAUUAUAAAAUCAGUAUUCGGAUGUAAUGUAGUAGAUCAAUAUGAUUAUUAACGUUAAACUCAGAGUAAUCAUAAUUCAUCAAGGCCAUUAGUCAAAAUAUCUAUGCUAGUCAAUUU